UGUCUUUAACACGGAUGCUUGCUAUUUUAUAAGUUCGCGUCAGAUCGUUUUCACUGUUAUUAGUAAAUAGUUACUUCUUUGUUUAACAAUGAAAAUAACGGAAUGUUCUGUUGUAGAAGACACGAAAGUCAAAAUUCAAUUUGAUGAUGGCAAAAUACUCACGUUUGAAGACUGUUGGCUAAGAGAUAACUGCAGGUGUCCAGUAUGUUAUGAUGCAAAUUUAGUGGAGAGACUCGCUCAUAUUGUGAAUUUUCCCGAUGUCCGUGUUAAAAAUAUUCAAAAUUUGCAAACACGAAUCUCAGUUACAUGGACUGACAAUCAUGUGUCGACUUAUGAUGCCAGCUUUUUAUCACAGUUUGAUUUUAAGAUAUGGGAGCAAAGUCGUCGACUCUCACCGGUUCUGUGGAAAGGCUCUGAGGUUGUUUCGAAAGUUGCUAGAGUUGAAGUAGAUAAGUUUCUUAACACCGAGGAAGGAACUAAAGAAAUAUUUCAAUCACUGCUUGAUUAUGGGUUAGCUUUUGUUGAAAACGUAACGCCUACUAUAGAAGCGACGGAGGUGGUAUGCAACGCUCUCGGUGGAGUUAUGCAUACAAACAUGUACGGGGGGAUGUGGACAAUCAGUACAAACCUCACUGAACACUCAGACACCGCCUACACCAACUUAGCUCUUAAACAACACACAGACAACUCAUACUUCUCAGAACCAGCAGGCCUUCAAAUAUUUCAUUGCAUAGAGCACAAUGACGGGACUGGCGGUGAAUCAAUAUUUAUGGACGGAUUCUAUGGUGCAAAGAAAUUGAAGGAGGAACAUCCUAAAGAUUUUGAGUUUCUAAGCAAUUUUCAACUAGAUGCUGAGUACAUAGAAGAUGGUCAUCACUUUAGGUUGCUUGCUCCUGUCCUUAAGGUGAAUAAAUUCGGCGAUGUGGUACACUUGAGAUUCAACUCAUACGAUAGAACUCCGAUGGCUUUCGCAGAUGGCGAAGAGUGUCGAAGUUAUUACAGAUCUUUAAAAAACUUAGCGCAGUACUUUGAAGACCCACAGAAUCAGUUUGUGAUUAAAUUACAACCAGGUACUGUUGUGGCAAUCGACAAUUUUCGUGUUCUUCACGGGCGAGCAGCGUUCACUGGGAAACGAAUCUUAUGUGGGAGCUACGUGAGACGAGAUGAUUGGACGGACAAGGCUCGGGUUUUAAAACUCAUAAAAUGAAAUGACGUUUAGUAAAAAGAAAACAAUGUAUAGUUAAUCUAUUUCACAUAAAGGUUCUGCCUGUUUAACAUAAGCACAUAGGCGACAAAGCCUAGUAUAAUAUAAACACAAUCAAUGUUAUGUA